GCGAACGGAAUAUGGCGGCGCGCGGCAGCGUGGAGGAGAUGCGGAGCCGCGUGAUACUUGGGGAGUUCGGGGUCCGCAACGUUCACACCACGGACUUUCCCGGCAACUACCCCGGGUACGACGACGCUUGGGACCAGGCCAAGUUCGAGAAGAAUUUCCGGGUGGACGUGAUCCACAUGGAUGAGAAGACGCUGGAGUUCGACAUGGUGGGGAUCGACGCAGCCAUCGCCAAUGCCUUCCGGCGUAUCCUGCUCGCUGAGGUGCCGACGAUGGCUGUAGAGAAGGUCUUUGUGUACAACAACACGUCCAUCGUGCAGGAUGAGAUCCUGGCCCAUCGCUUGGGCCUCAUCCCCAUCCGAGCAGACCCACGCCUCUUUGAAUAUAAGAACCAAGGUGAUGAGGAAGGCACAGAAAUUGACACGCUGCAGUUCCAGCUGAAAAUCAAAUGCAGCCGGAACCCUCACUCAGCCAAGGAGUCAUCUGACCCCAAUGAGCUCUACAUUAAUCACAAAGUGUACAGCAAACACAUCACGUGGGUGCCCCUGGGAAAUCAAGCAGACCUGUUCCCAGAUGCAAAUUUGCGGCCUGUUCAUGAUGACAUCCUUAUUGCCCAGUUGCGGCCUGGCCAGGAAAUUGAUGUGCUCAUGCACUGUGUCAAAGGCAUAGGUAAAGACCAUGCCAAGUUUUCUCCAGUGGCCACAGCUAGUUACCGGCUGCUGCCUGACAUCACUCUGCUGCAGCCCAUCGAGGGGGAGGCAGCUGAGACGCUGAAGAAGUGCUUCUCCCCAGGAGUUAUUGAGAUUCAGAACAUCAAAGGGAAGAAGGUGGCAAGAGUGGCCAAUGCUCGGAUGGACACGUUUAGCCGGGAGAUCUUUCGUCAUGAUGAUCUGAAAAACCUUGUGCGCCUGGCACGAGUGCGAGAUCACUACAUCUUCUCAGUGGAGUCUACAGGUGUCCUGCCUCCAGAUGUGCUGGUGAGUGAAGCCAUCAAAGUGCUGAUAGGGAAAUGUCGACGGUUCCUGGAUGAGUUGGACUCCAACCACAUGGAGUGAGCAGUUCAGGACACCAUGUUUGAGAAGCAGAGACUGAUUCUAUUGGCCCCGGGCUCUUUAUCUGCAGGGAUUGUUUCCAGCCCACAAGCCUAUGUAAACAGGAGGGGACCUUCUGUUACCAAGCAAUGGGACCAUCCAUCACCUAUUCCCCGUACUGUAUGUAAGCCAGCAGGUGGACACACUAGAAAUGAAGGCAUGCUGUUAACAGUUUCAGGACUGAUAGCACUUCCACUUCCAGCUGUGUACAUGCACUAGCAGGAGCCUAGGAAUGUCUUAUGGCUCUCAUUUUCUAAUGGGUUUCAGCAGCUGCAGCGGAGGGCCAGUAAAGCACAGCAGGGGCUUGUACUGGCCACUGGGCCUUACUGAAGGCCCUAGAUCUUCUAAAUGAAGCCUUGCUAAGGAGAAGAGCCAACUUCAAGCAAAGGCAGAUUGUGUGGAAUUGUUAAUAAAGUAGAGGCUGUUUUGUCAGACUUCAUUACAUCAAUUUAGCCUGGGGGUGGCUUGAUUUUCUAGGUAGGAAAGUGGAAAGAGGCACCACUUAAUUCAUUAACAAUCAAAAUGCUAGUGCUGCAACACUUGAGCUAGUGCUUCGAAAGCUGGGCUAUAGUGUUGAGAGGCUAAAAUGCCACUUGCCUUUUUUCCCUCCAGGGUAAGCCAUUGCUGUAUUUGCUACAGUGGUUAUUUGAUCACUAAAGGGAAGAGAGAUGCUAAGACCAUCUCUAUUAAGAUGGGGUCUACUCUGUGAAAAUUGAAGCAGUACUGCUUAUACCGGAGCAUGUGCUCUAGGUCAAGCUGCACAAAGCAUGAAGAAUAAAAACUAAAUUGGAUUUUCAACAUUCUUAAUCAGCUCCAGGCCUAAUAUAAGCCUAGCUGCAGAAAGUUUUAGAAGAGGAUACUAGCCUGUUCUUAUGGAGUAGGCAUGUGAUCUGUAUAACUGCAGAUUUCAUCACAACUAAUGAAACUCAUAUGAGGGAAAGUAUACUCAAGUAAGGAUCACACUGGACUGGGUGUGCAGCCCUGGCUCUGGGCUUGUUCACUAUACACAAGCAGCUUCCUUCUUAGUUGCAACUAAGUAUUAUUCUUUAUUUAUGGGCUUCAGUAGGUGACCAAAAAUAAAGGAAUAUCAGUCUCCCACCAUCAAAAAUAAGGCUGCCCAAUUUUUCCCAUGUAGGAAAAAAAACUUUAGGUGGUUAAAAUGAGAUUUCAGAAGUUAGUAAAUUACUGUUUCUAAAGUUAUCACAGUAGGAGCUUAAUACAGGGCAUCUGAUGACUGCUGGAGCCCUGUACUUCCAUUUUUUAAAAAAGGCUCUAGCCCUCUUCCUUGCAGAGAUGGAUUCCAAACUGUAACCCAGUUGUUUAGCAAAAUUAUUAUCUGUGGAAAGAAGUUUUCUAUCAAUAGUGAAGUCAAUCAGGCCAGCAGUUUGCAAACCAAAAGUGACCCUUUAGCUAUUGAAGGGAACAAGGGUGGGAGAGAUGGCUCCCCUCUCCCAUAUGCCUUUGUUCUCCAGUCCCUGAUUGAGAGUGUUAAAGUGAGGAAAAUCCUAGGCAAAGUAUAAAAGCUGGAAGAAAGACUGGGUCCAUGUAUGUAAUUUAAGCAUUUUACUAAACCUUGAAAGUUAGGGAGCAUCUCACAAAACAAGACACUGACUCAAAUAAUCAUCACACCCUUCAUUCUGCCCCUCAGAGUAAAUGAACUGACACCUAAACUGUAUAAUCCCACAGCUGCACUUGUUAAUAAAACUAGUACAAAAGCCAAA